GAAAACUGCAUCACAUAAAGCUGAAGCGAAAGAAAAAUAAAAAAUGGAAAAGGAAGUUACGGUUUAAAAUUCGUCGGAGGGAGAGAAGAUACGGCGAGAGCUUCCAAUUCCAGCCGCUUAGUUUCAACUUCUCUCUCGAAUUCCAUUAUUUUUCUUUUUCCUUUUUUUAACCCUAAAAAAUUUCUCCCGUCUUUCUCCACCGCUCGCUAUUGCAAGGCAAUGCCAAUGCCAACGCCCUCCAUUCUUGAACCCCACCAUUAAUACUCCCCUUUCCCUUCCCUUUCUCUCUGCUCCACAUUCUUAUUCUUGAUCCAUGGAGGUCGCCGGAGACUGGGUUCCCAAGAACCCACCGGCUACCCCCAUGCCUGUCUUGGAGAUCAACCUCAUCUCUGCCCAAGGCCUCAAGGUCCCUUCCAACCGUUCCCGUCCCAGACAUACCUACGCCGUCGCCUGGGUCGAUCCUGCCAACCGCCUUCGUACCCGUCUCGACACCAUCGGCGGCGAAAACCCCACCUGGAACGACAAAUUCCUCUUCCGUGUCUCACCUGAGUUUCUUGCCCGCGAAACCUCCGCCGUCUCCAUCGAGAUCUAUGCCCUUGGCCGUUUCUCCGAUUCUCUUGUCGGUACAGUCCGUUUCCUAAUCGGUAAUGUCAUUGCCUCUAAUGACUGUUCCACCACCCCUGCUUUCACCGCCGUACAGGUCCGUCGCCCUUCUGGAAGGUUCCAGGGUGUUCUGAAUAUUGGCGUUAUGGUUACUGAGAACUCUGAUCUCGCUUCUUUGAAUGGGGUUUCUGCGAUUGGUUAUCGCGAUUUGAUGGGGGAAAGCUUCAAUCGGAGACGGAGGACGAAAUCGAAAGUUUGGGGUUCUGAAAUUUCUCUUGAAUCUCAUGAUGCAGAGUCGCCAGAAAUGUCGGAUGGUAGUGAAUCGUCGAGUUCCUCUGCUUGUUCUCCGUCGGAGAAAUCGAAUGUGCUUAGGGAUUUGAACGGAAUUAGGAAUUUGGGGGGAACGAAAACCCUAAAGCCUUCGAAGAGUACAGGAUUCUUGUGUGGUCUGGUGAUGCAGAAGAAGACAACGGCGGCGGACGAUCUCCCUCGAUCGGGAAAGAGCUUCAAGGUUUCUAGGGGAUCUGCAGACAUGGAAAGGUAAAAUCCACAACCCUUUGCGAUGGAGGCGAUUUCUCUGAAAUUCAAUCUCGAUAGUGAUCUGUAAUGAAUCGUUAUCAUCAUCCACAUUCGUCAAUUCUACAGAUUCAAAAGAAAUUAAAGAAUGGGAGAGAUUUUCGAAAUUC